GGACUUGCCGGGGUGCAUUGCACGCAUUCCUGCCAGCGAGGCUGACGGAUACGCCUUGCUGGCUCCCUGUCGCUGGAAGCGCACCAAUCGCACACCAAGAAGCCGUGGCCUUUGGACGGAUGUGACACCCCGGUCUUGCAGUGCAGACGGAGGCUGGCCAGGCUGCGGCAUGAACCCCACGCUCUCCAAGGCAACCGGGCAGAAGUUGGGACAUUACUAGGCCUAGGAGACAGAGCUGGGCCCUUCACAGUUUGGGAUAAAAGGCACAGACAAGGGAAAAACAGGUCCACAGCUAUGGAGGACAGGAAGGAGGAUGCUGCCAAACUGGGCAAAAGCAAGCAGCCGGUGAAGACGGAGUGGGGAGCCCAAUAUGUCGUCUUCACUUACUUCCAGGGAGACAUUAACAGCGUGGUGGAUGAACACUUCUCUCGGGCCCUGAGUUCAACCAAAAUUCCCCAGGAUUUGAGCAGAAAAGGCAACGGAGGAGGAGACGUCAUGGUCAAAACAGAGAGCCACCCGCCUCAGCCCCAGCAGUGGAGUUAUUCGCCCCAAUGGGCCAAGCCCUACCAGGGGCCUCUGAGCGAGAGUCCAUCCGCUUUGGCCAAUGCUGACCCCUUCCCGUCUCCCGUCCUGCGGGGCGGCCCUCCUUCGGCCAUGGAGCUGUGGCACUUGCCCUCCGGAGGGGCCCCUGCCCCAGGAUACCCGCCCUCCAUGCCUCUCGCACAGGGCCCCCUCCAUGAAGCCAAGUACGGAGGGUCCUUGCUGGGCCUCUUGCACCAACAAGAGAGGGGCCCCUCUUCCGUCCAGGAGCCGACCGAGUCCGGAUCCACCUGUCUUUCCGGCUCUGCCAGAUUGCAAAACAUCGGCCAGAGCUUAACUGCUGCGGGAGGUCUCCCGGCUAAUGACAGAAGACGAGAUUUGUUCUUCUAGAAAACGGACAUACGUAUUCAUUAUUCCCACAAAAAGAACAUUUAAAAAAGGAAUUACAGCUGUGAAUAAGAGAAACUGAAGAAGACCAAGAUGCUUGGACGCUUUACCUCUCAUGCUGAGUUGGGGUAAUGGAAGAAAAUUGGCCAGGAUUUUGGCUAUUUAAGGCUAUUUUUUCCCAGUGGGAAGUCACCUAGUCGUCAAAAUAUUGGGGCACAUCUCUGUUGUACAUGGAUAAUGUGUAUAUAACCUAGAGUAGGGGUCCUCAAACCUUUUAAAGAGAGGGCCGGGUCACAAUCCCUCAAACUGUUGGAGGGCCGGAUUAUAAUUUGAAAAAAAACAUGAAUGAUAUGCACACUGCACAUAUCCUAUUUGUAGUGCAAAAAAACACUAAAAAAGUGGUUCUCAACCUUUCUAAUGCUGUGACCUCUAAAUAAAAUUCAUCAUGUUGUGGGGACCCCAACCAUAUUUUUGUUGCUUCUUCAUAACUGCUACUGUUAUGAAUCAUAAUGUAAAUAUUGGAUAUGCAAGAUGUAUUUUCAUUGUUACAAAUUGAACAUGCUUAAAGCAUAGUGAUUAAUCACAAAAACAAUAUGUUUGGGGGAGUAUGGACAACUAAUAAUGGGAUUGCCAGUACAUUCAACCUGUACAGGAGUUGAUUAUAAAUUGUAUGAUUUUAACUGUAUUUGUGUUUAGAUUGGCUGCAGUAAUGCUGGAGCGGCCUAAGUCAGAGGAGUCCUCCAUGUGUGUUGCCAUGGAGACCGAUGCAGGAGAGAGGGAAGUGGGAGGAGCUUAGAGGGGAGAGUUUGAAAAAACGACAGUUAAAAAUCAGUUAGGGUUUAGGUUUAGAGGAGUGAGCAGUCAGGAGUUAGGUUCAGAGGAGUGAGGAGUUAGGAGUUGGGAGAGAAGGAAAGGAAAGGUGGCAGAGUGACUCGUGAAGCAAAACUUUGAGGCUUUGAAAAGCUGGGUUUGGCUAUUGGAAGUUUCUCAGGAUAGUGCAGCCGAAUGGUGAAACAUAGCUGGAAUUCUUUUAGUCUAAGGAGAGGCUAAAGAAUAGUUUACUUAGUAUUUGAUCUAGGGAGGAUCAACUAAGAGAAACAUCCCUGUAUGGAAACUUUGUCUGAAACAAGUGCUCUAUGUCAGAAAGAUACUGUGUUACUUGAAAGAAUGAACUGUUAAAGUUACAAGUAUUAUUCCAAGUGCAACAAGGAAAAGUUACGUCUUGCAACCACAUGCUGUGUACUUAAUAACAUUGUUAACUUUUAUUUGAAGAUAGCCUCAGCUCCAUCUAUUCUGUGUACCAAGUGCCAUUUCUCACAAUAUUACAACUUACCUCCCGUGGUGGCAGAAACGUAGGGAAAAGUAACCAAAUAAAUCUACGUUCUUCUCUCCAGUCACGCUACAGUAUAUACAGUGUAAUUACUACUAAGUUAUUACUUUCUUAAUAAAGGAGGAGGUGCAAUUGAACAGCCUCCCUUCUAACUUGAUGGUAAAUUUGGUUCCUAAUCGGCAACCUCCAUUGCAAAUCGGCUAAGUCUUUUUAAAAUUGGGAACUGGGGUAAAAUCUCCUGAAUACUGGUUCCUUUUAAAUUGGUGGCAACAAUAAAUCAUCCCUCAGCUCCCUUGCUUCUUUUCACAACUGAUUCAGCUCUGACUUCCACAGACCACUGAGACCCCCCACAAAUUACCAACCUGGAGCAAACUUGGCACACAGAACCCCCAUCACCAACAUAAAAUACUGGAGUAGGUUAGGAAAAACUGACAGUCAUUUACCGGAGAUGUAGCUCACCUACAUCUGGAGAGCACUGUGAACCCAAACGACUGGAUCUGGACCAAACUUGGCACAAAUACUCAAUAUGCCCAAAUUUGAACACUGAUGGAGUUUGGGAAAUAUUGAACCUGACAUUUGGGAGUUGCAGUUGUGGGAUUUAUAGUUCACUUGCAAUAAAAGAGCAUUCUGAGCUCCACCAACAAUUGAACUGAACCAAACUUGGCAUACACAACUCCCAGGAGCAACAGAAAAUAUUGGAGAGGGUUGAGGAAAAAAGACCCUGACAUUUUGGAGUUGCAGUUGUGGAAUUUAUAGUUUACCAGCCAUCAAAGGGCAUUAUGAGCUCCACAAAAUACUGGAGGGGUUUGGGGGAGGAUGUAGAACAGAUGAUGGGAUUUGCAGUACCUUCAAUGGCUUCAACUCUACAUCCAAAUCACUGGACUCCCUCCCACUGCCUGGAGGCACAGCUGAUAGGAGAGGCAUCCUUGCUGGCCCCCAGCCAUGUGCAGGAAGCAUAUCGGUGGCGGCCUCUUUCCCCGCACAUUUGCAUUUGCUGGUGGAGGGGGCGUGCCCAGGGGACAGUGGAGGGAGUGCGCUCUUCCCCCACCCGCUUACGAACACAAGGAGAGGGACACUCCGGUGUUGAAAGGUGUGCAGGGGGAAGAGACCUGGAGCAUGGUGCGCGUUCCCUCCACCGGCCC